UGGGCGUUUCAUCUGGGUAUACGUCAGCGAAACAAGCAGGUACAGACACAACUAGUCAUCAACCACUUUCAGUUUCAGAAGAACACAAAUUUACUUGUGCGUUUAGAUGGACAAAAGCUUUUAUUUCCACAGAUUCAGCAUUCUGUGACUAUUGUAAAAUGAUGGUCUUUAUUUCAAUCAUAGUGUGUGUGUUUGUGGCUGGUGUCUCUGGUGUUAGUAUACAUGAUGUGAUUCUGGUGAAGGGAGAUUCACUCACUCUACACACUGGUGUUACAACAGACCAACAAGAGGAGAUUAGAUGGUUUUUUAAAGACACUCUCAUUGCUGAAAUCACUGGACAUUUCAGUUACAACUCUACAGAUCUGUGUAGGGUCUGUACAGAUGUUCAGUGUGAUGAAGAUAAUGAGAGAUUCAGAGACAGACUGAAGCUGGAUCAUCAGACUGGAUCUCUGACCAUCACAAACACCAGAAACACAGACUCUGGAGAAUAUCGAAUACAGUUUAACAGCAACAAUGACAGUGAGAAAAUCUUUAAGGUUUAUGUUUGGGGUGUUUCUGCUGCAAAACAAAAGAAGAUCAUGGAGGGAGAAUCUGUUACUUUGGACGCUGGUGUAAGGGAACAAAAUGAAAUGGUAACUUGGUAUUUCAAUGACACUCUCAUCGCUCUAGUCACUGGAGAUCUCAGUUUGAUUGGUACAGAUGUUCAGUGGAAAGAUAGUAAUGAAAGAUUCAGAGACAGACUGAUGCUGAGUUUUCGGUUUACAUGGUCUCUGAUCAUCACAAACACCAGAAACACAGACUCUGGACUCUAUACACUAAAGAUCAUCAAGAGCAAUUUCACCAUCACGAGGAGCGUCACUGUUACUGUCAUUGUUCCAAGUCUGAUACCCUCUGCUUUUGUUACUGUUUUUCUGCUGAUGACUGUUUGGUUCCGUACGGGGCAGAUUCACGAUGAAUGGAGGCUGCGCUAUGAUCGGAUGAGAUACUAUGGACAUACUAUAGAUCGGGUGAUAUCUGGGGUACUAUCUAUCUCAGGUCUCUGAGAUCUGUAAGUGGCAUUUGAGUUUCCUCAGUGUGUGGUUUGAUUUAGAUAUCAUUACAUGCAAAAGUGCACUGCUCCUAUACGGUUUAAGUUUAAAAUGCAUUGAUAUAUUUAUUAUUAUUAUUAAUAAUUAUAUAAUUGUUUAUUUAUACAGGGUAUUAUGAUCCUGCUUUAGGGUCAGGUUGUAACAAAUGCGAGAACAGGUUUCCUUUUUAUUAUCCUUUAUUAUAAUCAAUACAUCAAAUGUUACAAUGCUAUAUAUUUUUCUUCUUUUCUUUCUGUUUUUGGAUAAUGUUGCAUUUAUAUUUUUGAUGAUUUAAACGAUCUAUUAUUCUGUAUAAUUUCUGUAUAUUUGUUAAAAGUAUACAUUGUUAAAAAUGCAUUGUUUUUUUUUGUUUUUUUGUCUCUGUAGUUGCACAUUUAUGAUUGUUGAUAUUAUACAACUGUAAAAUAAAAG